CUCUAAGUGGCAACUUAAGUAGCAGUGUGUACUUUGAAAUCCUCAGGCAGCCAGCCUGUCAUAGGGGAAUCUGACAAAAUAGCCCUUUUGGGUUUUAUCUACGGACUCCUAAGGAGCCGAGGAUGGAGGGGCAUCAGAGACUCCUGGCAGGGAAGGAUGAGUAUCAGUUUCAACACCAGGGAGCGGUGGAGCUGCUCGUCUUCAAUUUCCUGCUCAUCCUUACCAUUCUGACCAUCUGGUUAUUUAAAAAUCAUCGUUUUCGCUUCUUGCAUGAGACUGGAGGAGCGAUGGUGUAUGGCCUCAUUAUGGGAUUAAUCUUACGAUAUGCCACGGCACCAACUGAUAUUGAAAGUGGAACUGUGUAUGAUUGUGGGAAACUGGCCUUCAGUCCAUCAACUCUGCUGGUUAACAUCACUGACCAAGUUUAUGAAUAUAAAUAUAAGAGAGAAAUAAGCCAGCACAAUAUCAGUCCUCAUCAAGGCAAUGCUAUGCUCGAAAAGAUGACAUUUGAUCCAGAAAUCUUCUUCAAUGUCCUGCUGCCACCUAUUAUAUUUCAUGCCGGAUACAGCCUGAAGAAGAGACACUUUUUUCAAAACUUAGGAUCUAUUUUGACAUAUGCCUUCCUGGGAACUGCCAUCUCCUGCAUCGUCAUAGGGUUAAUUAUGUAUGGCUUUGUGAAAGCUAUGGUGUAUGCUGGCCAGUUGAAAAAUGGAGACUUCCAUUUCACCGACUGUUUGUUUUUUGGUUCACUGAUGUCGGCUACGGAUCCAGUGACAGUGCUGGCCAUCUUCCAUGAACUGCAUGUUGACCCUGACCUGUACACACUCUUGUUUGGGGAGAGUGUGUUGAAUGAUGCAGUGGCCAUAGUGCUAACAUAUUCUAUAUCCAUUUACAGUCCCAAGGAGAACCCCAAUGCGUUUGAUGCCGCCGCGUUCUUCCAGUGCGUGGGCAAUUUCCUGGGGAUCUUCGCAGGCUCAUUUGCAAUGGGGUCUGCGUAUGCUGUUGUCACAGCACUGUUGACCAAAUUUACCAAACUGUGCGAGUUCCCUCUGCUGGAAACAGGCCUGUUUUUCCUGCUGUCUUGGAGCGCCUUCCUGUCUGCCGAGGCCGCCGGCCUAACAGGGAUAGUUGCUGUUCUCUUCUGUGGAGUCACACAGGCACAUUAUACCUACAACAAUCUGUCGCUGGAUUCCAAAAUGAGGACUAAACAGUUGUUUGAAUUUAUGAACUUCUUGGCUGAGAAUGUCAUCUUCUGUUACAUGGGCCUGGCGUUGUUCACAUUCCAGAAUCAUAUCUUUAAUGCUCUUUUUAUACUUGGAGCCUUCCUAGCAAUUUUUGUUGCCAGAGCCUGCAACAUAUAUCCCCUCUCCUUCCUCCUGAAUCUGGGCCGGAAGCAUAAACUCCCCUGGAACUUCCAACAUAUGAUGAUGUUUUCAGGUUUACGAGGAGCCAUCGCAUUUGCUUUAGCAAUUCGGGACACAGAAUCUCAGCCCAAACAGAUGAUGUUCACUACCACACUGCUGCUUGUGUUCUUCACAGUCUGGGUGUUUGGAGGAGGGACGACCCCCAUGCUGACUUGGCUUCAGAUCAGAGUUGGUGUGGACCUGGAAGAAGAUCUGAAGGAAGAGCCCUCCUCACACCAGGAAGCAAAUAACUUGAAUAAAAGCACAACAAAAACAGAGAGUGCUUGGCUCUUCAGGAUGUGGUACACCUUUGACCAUAAAUAUCUGAAACCAAUUCUGACCCACUCUGGUCCUCCGCUGACCACAACAUUACCUGAAUGGUGCGGUCCAAUUUCCAGACUGCUCACCAGUCCUCAGGCCUAUGGGGAACAGCUAAAGGAGGAUGACGUGGAAUGCAUUGUAAAUCAGGACGAGCUGGCCAUGAGUUACCAGGAGCAAUCCUCCUUACCCUGCAGUCCUCCUGCAAGCCUGGGUCUGGACAAGAAAUCUUCACCCCAGACUCCAAAGAAGGAAAACAUUUAUGAGGGGGACCUUGGCCUAGGAGGCUAUGAACUCAAACUUGAGCAAACUCCAGGUCAAUCCCAGCAGAAUUAAUGUCCAUGAACCGUGCAAAUUAAUUACGAGUCAUGCAGGGCUCGCUGAGGAAUGCAAGCCAAGAUGACGAGGCAGCACAGAGACUGGGAAAUGUAUUAAGAUCAUAAACUGGAGAGAAUCAAACCUUUGUCAUAUGUACCCUCUGGUGCCUGAAGAAAUGAGAAUUUAUUAUGGUUCCUCUCUAUUAUGCAACUGAAUUUAAGUUUUGACAGCAACCAUUUUCAUUAAUGAAUUGGGCGG